AUGCAGGCGCAGCGCCAGGGCGUCGCGGAGAAGGCCAAGUCGAAGGCAAAGGAGACUGCACAGGCAGCCAAGCAGAAUGGCAUAAUUGCAGACCUCUAUGAGGCCCAGCAAGCCCUGGAGCGCAGUGGCGUGUCCAUCCCUGAGCUUCUGGGAACCUGCUUCCUCGUGGGAAUCACCUUUGGCACUGCCUUCCAAGUGACCCACAACAACGGCUUCCUGCCGGUGUACGAUGUGCUGCCCUUCAAAGUGGGCCCAUUCUAUCAGUCAGGCCUGGUGCCUCUGGUCCUGGCGCCCAUCUGGGUCCUUUACGGAUACCUGUACCCGCUGCUCGACAGCUACUUUGAUGACGAGGCUGUCAGCUCUGCCAGCGACAAGGCGUCCAACCUGCGCUCUGUGGCUCUGCUCUGGGCCUCCCUGGCCGCCAUGUUCAUCCUCAGCGACGUCCUUUACCUCAACAACGUGCCCCACUGGCAGAUAUCGGCGAUCCUGGCACUAGCGGCCACCGCAAACUGGGCGGCGUUUGAUGGCACCCGCACGGGCAUCAUCCUUGGGGCGCUGCUGGCUGUGGGAGCUCCGUUGUCAGAGAGCGUGAUUGUGAAUGUUCUGGGCUGGUGGCACUACGACCGGCCAGACUAUUUGGGCGUGGUCCUCUGGGCAGGCUGGUGCUACGCAGCAUACGCGUUUGGGGUGGGCAAUUUUGCGCGGUAUGCAGUGCAGCAGCAGCGGAAGAACAGAUGA